AGCCGAUUUUGCUCGAGCGCGGGCGGGCCUUGGCGUGGAGCUCGCGCGUCGGGGAGGUAAGCCGGGCUCCGCAGCUCGCUCCCGCGCCAGGCAUGGCCGUGGAAGAGCCUGCUGUGGAGGAGCCCGAUGCGUCCGAGGACGACGACGAUUCCGAGGACGAGGGCAGUGGCCUGCUGUGGGUGCCCAAGGCCCUGAUAGAGGAGAUUAUGGAGGCGCUUGAGAAGAAGACGGGCGUGUCGAAGGAGAAGGUGACCAAGAUAAUCGAGGCGGAUGACCCGCCGGAUGACACCGUGAUGGUGC